GGCCCCUCCCAGCCCUGGCCCCUCGGUGAGCCUUAAGGCGCCUUAGGAGAGCCAUGUUCCCUCCCCAGGCCGGGAUAAAGGCUGAGGGGCUGGCAGUGUGGGGGCCACCAGACCCACCCCACCCCCAGGUCAAGACUGGGGACUUUGGAGAGCCAAGCCUUUCCUCUACAGAGGAGGAAACAGGCCCAAGAAACUACGUGACUUGGCCAAGGUCACGUAGCAGAGCCAGGAUGGGAGCCCAGGGCAUUGAAGCGAAGGCAUCUUGCAUCCCAGCUCUUUCCCAGCGUCGAGGUGGGAGGAAGGCAGACGACUCUGGUGCUGCGGCUUCGCUCUCGCUCUGCUCUCUGGGUGGGACGCAUAUCCCUUUUUGCUAGUGUUUCUGCCUCUCGCCCAUAGCCUUCAGGAUACAGCAGGCUCGGGCUCCCACUAGGUCUGGAGGCCCCUCAGGUUCAGGCUCAGGUCUAGACGUAAUUCCCCUGACUAGCAGGCCUGGGGGCGGGGCAAAUGAGGCAAACUCGGGCUGGGGGUCCUCUCUGCAGUCAGUCCGUGGGUGAGUCGGCCUUAGAGGAAUUGGAAGUGGAGCCAUCCAAGGCCGUCUUGAAAAACAACGGAGUAGGAAGAGCGUGCACCCUGAGAGGGACAAGUCACCCCCUCAUUUGUAGGGAUGGAAAGGGGCGAUCAAAGGCCUAUUUUUGCGUUUAUAGCGAGCCACUCGGGGCUGCUUUGCCCCGGCAACUGGACAAGGGUCUGGGACCAUGACAGCCAUGUUUCUCACAGAUGACCCCAGAUUUCUGCACUCUGGGCAGUAUGUCAGGUGCCACUGGACUUGAUCUGACACCCUUUACCUAAAGGAUGGCCAAAGGGCUCUUGGUGACCUAUGCCCUUUGGGCUGUAGGAGGCCCUGCUGGGCUCCACCACCUGUACCUGGGGAGGGACACUCAUGCACUGCUCUGGAUGCUUACCCUGGGGGGUGGCGGGCUGGGCUGGCUCUGGGAAUUCUGGAAGCUCCCGAGCUUUGUAGCUCAGGCCAACAGACCCCAGAGGCAGAGGCAGAGCUCAGUAGGGAGGACACCCCCUCUCAGUUUCAUUCGCUUUGUUGCCCAAGUGAUAGUGGGCAUCUAUUUUGGCCUGGUGGCUCUCAUUAGCCUUUCUUUCAUGGCCAACUUCUAUAUUGUGGGCCUCCCACUGGCAGUUGGCUUAGGGGUCUUGCUUGUGGCUGCUGUUGGCAACCAGACCUCAGACUUUAAGAAUACGCUAGGGGCAGCAUUUCUUAUUUCCCCUAUCUUCUACGGCCGCCCCGUAGCCAUCCUUCCCAUCAGCUUGGCUGCCAGCAUCACAGCCCAGAAGCAUCGCCGCUAUAAGACUUCAGUUGGGUCAGAAACACUCAGUGUCCGGCUCUACCGUCUGGGCUUGGCUUACCUUGCUUUCACAGGCCCACUAGCCUAUAGCACCUUCUGCAACACAGCAGCCACCCUUAGCUAUGUGGCAGAGACCCUUGGCUCCUUUUUGAGUUGGUUCAGCUUCUUCCCCCUCCUUGGCCGCAUCACAGAGUCUGUCUUCCUUCUGCCUUACCGGAUCUGGAGGCUGCUGGUGGGGGAUCCUGGUUUCAGCAACAACUCCUUCCGUGAGUGGGAGAAGCUCUAUGAGUUUGUUAACAGUUUUCAGGAUGAGAAGCGUCAGCUGGCUUACCAGGUUUUGAGUGUCUCAGAGGGGGCAACAAAUGAAGAAAUACAUCGAAGAUACCGGGAGCUAGUGAAGAUCUGGCACCCUGAUCACAACCGACACCAGACAGAGGAGGCUCAGAGGCACUUCCUGGAGAUCCAGGCUGCAUAUGAAGCCCUGAGUCAGCCCAGAAAGCCCAAGGGAUCCUGGAGGUCAUCCCAACAGCAUUGAAGAACUGGUCUGUUUGCAGUGGAGAUGAGAAAACCUUAAAGGAGUGAGAAAGCUAUUGUAGUGGAA